GGGAUCAACGGCUCUCUCCCAGUCAGAAGAUCAGACUGCACUGCAGGAUAUGGUGGACGCUAUCGUUGAGCAGGACACUACACUGGCUUAGAGAUGACUGGAACCCUGCUUACUGGACUCAUACUCUUCCUGUUUGAGGUGAUAUGUGACUGUGAGCCAACAAAUGCUGGGCCAGAAAGAGUAGAGGGCUCACUUGGAGAAAGACUGGUACAUCUAACACCACACUGGGCUUUCCAGCUGGUCAAUGACUCGCUGUCCUUCUCUAGGGCCAAAAGCUUCUGCAGAGGGCAGUUCAGCUCUCUCAUCACCCCAGACCAAAAAGAAGCUUUGCAGCUGCUUCAGCAGACUGGACUCCACUCACCAGUCUGGGUCAGGGAUCCCAGCAGAGAAGCCUCUGAACAUGUGACUCUCUCCAGGCAGUAUUUGCAGUUCUCAGCUCUAAAGUUUCCAAAGGAGUCCCGUGAAGGCUUUGCUCGUGUCAACAAGUCCUUCCCAGCCCUGUCAUCUAUCACAGUUUGUGUUCGAGUUCAGUGGGAUCUACGGUGGAAUGAGGUGUCUACCAUAUUUUCCUAUGCUGCACCUGUCUUUACCAAUGAGUUCCAGCUGCGAGGCCAAGCAGACAUGCAGGGUCGCAUUCUGCUGGCGCUCAUUAUCCAUGGGAAGCACCUACCGUAUAAGGCAUCCUUCCCAAAUGAUGGCGCGUGGCAUCACAUCUGUGUCACGUGGCAUCGCAAUGGUGGCCACUGGGCUAUCUACGUGGAUGGAGAGAGGAAAGACACAGGAUCAGGCACAGAUACUUCUAGGGAUAUCUAUGGUGAUGGGAUUCUGAUCCUGGGUCAGGACCAAGACUCUUUUGGUGGGAAUUUCACAGAGCCCUUUUUUGGAAAUAUCACUGACCUAAAUGUUUGGAACAUGUCUUUGGAAGCACAACAUGUCCAUUUCCUAAAUGAAUGUUCACCAGUCACUCAGGAAUUACUUUUCACUUGGAAUCUUGAGCUCCUCAGUAUCCACCCUGUGGUCAAAGAGGUGCAGGCCAUUCUGUUUUGCCCAGUGCACCAGCAGAUGGCGCUGGAGGGCUGCAGGACAUUGCAGGGCUGGUCAGAUCAACUUCCACUGCUGGGCCUGACAGACUGCUACGAUCGCCUGCCUUUCAUCUGCAGGAGCAGCAGAGAGCGCUACCUGAAGAUGAAGCAGAUGAGUGAAUCUCAGAGCUCUCAGCCCACUGCUUUUAUGAGCCAGCUGAUGAAGCUCUCCAACAAGAGCCAGCCAGUGCUGGGACUGCAGCCAUCAGCGCUGAGCAGUCUGGCCCAGGCAUCUGCCCUGCUUAACGUCUCUGUCCAGGCCCUGGAUGACACCCAGGAGGAGGGACUGCAGCCAGUAGACAUGGUGUCCCUCAUACAGCUUCUGUCUCUAACCGUUGAUGUAUCCUCACAGCCAUUUACCUAUGACACUAACCACAGCCAGGACAAUGUCCAAGAGCUCAGUCAGCACUUCAUCAGUGUGGCUGACAGCAUCAUCAGUGAAGAAAACACCUUCAAGUGGCAAGCCAUCAAAGAGGUGGUAAACGGCCCCAUGGAUGUGGUCAAAAGCAUUGACCGAAUGUUGACCAGUGUGAGCCCUCGCUUGAUGGCAGAGACCAGUCACCUGACCAUCCACAGCCCCAACAUUAAAUUGGUGGUGCAGCAGCAGAAGCUGCAGGAAGGAUCCAUAGGAUCAAGCUUUUGUGGACCUGAAACAGAGAAACCCACCAUCCGAGACUGCAUUUCAAUCCCGUAUCAGAAGAUACAGGAUCUCCAUAACAAUGGCUUCCAUAAGCUCACGCUGGUCAACUUAUGGUACGGCUCUCUGCGGCCUCUUUUCAAUCCCGAGGAGAACAUCACCAUGGAGCCCACUGUCACUGAUGGCAGUCAGAGGUAUUUGGGUACCAUCUUGGGUUCUUCAGUCAUAUCUACCACAGUGUUGGGAGACGAUCAACCUGUUAGCAUGGCGGUUCGAUUCCAGCUCCAGCACAGAGUACAGAAUCAUGAUGGUACUGUGUAUGAUCCAGUGUGUGCCUUUUGGGAUUUUAAUCUGACUGCAGAAGCUGGUGGGUGGUGGAACACCAAGGGCUGCGAAAUAGUGUCCAAACAAUAUGGAUACACUGUGUGCUACUGCAACCACACCACCAAUUUUGCAUUACUGCUGCAGGUGUAUGAAGCCCAGAGGAGCCCAGAGAAUGAAAAAGCUCUGCAGGUGCUGACGUUCAUCGGCUGUGGAGUGUCUCUGUGUGGCCUCCUCUUCACCUUCAUCCUCUUCAUCUCUGUGGGUGUCCCUAAGUCAGACCGCACCACUGUCCAUAAGAACCUUAUCGUUGCUCUGGGCAUUGCUGAGCUGCUGUUGAUGUGCAGUGGUUGGGCUUCUGAAAAUGAGGCAGCAUGCUUCCUGGUGACUGUACUACUCCAUCUCUUAUUCAUGGCUUCUUUCUCCUGGAUGCUGGUAGAGGGGCUGCUGCUUUGGAGUAAAGUCGUGUCCGUCAAUAUCAGCGAGGACCGCAGGAUGAAGCUCUACUAUGUCAUUGGCUGGGGCCUACCUGUUGUGGUUGUUGGAGGAGCAUUGGCGAUAUCCAUGGACAAAUACAAAGCCGACGAUCAUUGCUGGCUCAAUGUGAAGACUGACACAAUCUGGGCCUUUGUGGGACCUGUAAUAUUUGUCUUGACAGUCAAUGCAGUUGUGCUGUGUCGGGUUGUCAUGGUGACCGUUUCCAGUGCUCGUCGUCGUGCUAAGAUGCUCAGUCCAAGCUCAGCAUCAAAGAUGCAGACCUAUGACCUUACCUGGGCUGUGACCCGCCCUGUUCUGAUCCUGCUGCCCGUCCUGGGUCUGACCUGGCUGUGUGGAGUGCUUGUCCAUCUGUCUGUAGUAGUUGCCUAUGUUUUCAUUGCUCUCAACUCCUUUCAGGGUCUGUACAUCUUCUUAGUCUAUGCUGUUUACAACAGUGAGGUGAGGAAUGCCAUAAAGAGGAUCAAAGAAAAGAGAAAGGCCUUAUCUUUCACGAACUGCUCCCAGCCAACCAGCUUCCUACCUUCCCAGAGGGCCCCAGUGACUUCCUGGGGUCACAGUCUACCAACCACCUCCAGCCCUGAGACCAGUGAGACCUCUGUACCUACCAGCUCCGCUUCCAUGGUCAUCAAGAAUGAAAGUUUUAGAAAGGAGAGCUUUGUGAGUUUCUUUUUGAAUCAAGGAUCUGGCAACCAAGUGGUACAGCUGACGGGGUUCAAGCCAGCAGGUUGUUGAACUACAAAUGGAGCAGAUCCUAUACUCAGUUACUACACACACAUCUUCACCAUCAUCAUCAUCAUCAUGCUGAAAGAGGAACACACACACCCACUGCAUGGAAGAAAAAAUGAUGAAGAAAGAUGAAGCUCUAUCGUCUCCGGUGGUGUGACUGUCCUCUUCUCAGAUCUCAUCAGUGUUACGCUAAGAAUUUACUCAUUUAAUAUCUUGCAUCUGAAGAGGUUUUAAGUCCCAGCGCACUCAGUCCAUACAUAAAAAUGUGCUCUGUUUUUUCCAUGUUGUUGCUGUUGCUUGAGAUUCCUCCAGAACAAUGUGUUCAAUUUUCUUGGUUAAAAGUGCAAAGUUAAAAGCAGGUUUUAUGACCUCACAAUUAACUUGAAGCAAAUCCAACACCCAACAGGUGACUCCCAGCAAUGCGCGUGGUCCAAAUGAAAAAUACUUUAAUAAUCAUAGAGUCUAUCCUUUUUGAGGGAGAAGGCAUAGAUGUCAUGUUAGGAAUGUUUAUCCAGGUAAUUGAACUUUUUUAAUUUUAUAAAAUCCAAGCAACCUUCAGGGCUGAAAAAUAAAGCCAACACCAAAGUGCCAAAAAAUGCAGUUCCUCUAGGUGCCACCUGAGGCAGGCUCCAAGAGUGAGUCAAUACAAAGAGAUUUUACAGAAUUCAAAUGCAUGUUUACAGCCUGGUACAAAAGAUGCUUUUGACCUCUAUGUAUAGUUUCCCCCUUCAUACAUGUAGCACACACUCACACACUGAGUGAAUGUUUUUGUGUCUUUUUGGAUUUUGGAAAAGCUUAAAGUUUGGAGUCUGGCUGCUUUGAUUCACAGGCAGCUGUAACCAAUAGCUGUCUGUUAACUCCGACCACUGAACCAGUCCUUUCCACUGUAAGUUAUUUGACAAAUAAUGUGGCUUGAUGUGUGGUGCAGACUUUCUAAGAAGUUAGUUUUCCAGUUCUGGUGAGCAAAAUUCUAGUAUUUUAUUACUCUGUCAUCUGUUUACAUAUGUGCAUCUGUGUAUUGCACCUGUACAGAGUAUGAAAGGUUCUUGCUAACCAUGCUUGCUAGUGUUAGCCCCUUCAUCCAAUUAUGGUCACUUCUGGCUCAAAAUAAAAUAAAAUAAAAUAAAAUAAAAACAAUGUUAAGGUUUCAAAAUUCUGAGUCCAGAAAACAGCAGGCCCCUUCACAGUGGCUUUGUCAAUCCAGGAAAAAUAAUCAAACACAAAUAAUUUUCCUUUAUACAUGUCUGGAGGGAUCUUUAACUUUGUGACCACUUAUUCAUAUGAGUAUAGAAAUAGUUUGUCACACAGUGACCUUCACCCUCACUUCAACCAAUAACAUAUCAGUUCUGAGUACACUUAAGAUGUUUUGUGGUGCUUCUGUUGUCAGUAGGUAAGAGCUUUAUCAGGUUUCUGUGAUUGCAAACUAUUCUCUACAGCAGACCUGAAGUACCUCCCUGAAAACUGUUUCUGUAAAUUCUGCAUCAUAAUCAGGAUGCUGUAUCUGGAACAACAGGAAGCUGUUGCUAUAAUGUAACAAUAUUAGAAAUGAAUUUCAUAUACAAAUGUCUUUGUAUAUGGGUGGGUUAUCUAAUUGUAUUUCCCAUUUAGACACCGGACUUCCAUUGUGGUGCAUAAGUUGCCCUCUCUUUCAUUCAAAUUUCAUAUGCACUGAAAUAUGUGGCUGGUUUUAAUGCUGGGCUUCAUUCUUAUUCUUCCUGUCCACAAGAUCAGUGGAAAUAACUCCAUGCUUCAAUAGUAAUUCAAGCUUAGCAUUAAAGGGAAGAACAAAUGACAUGAUGUAGUGGAUGUACAAAUUCAAUGAAUCACCAAGAUUAUUAAUGUGUAUUUAAUAUCAUAUAGUAAAACUGUAGCCUUACAGUUUAAAAGGCAGGAUCACUUCAAUGUGUGGAGUGUAAAACACAGACCUUUGAGCUGACCAGAUCCCAACAGACUAAAUGUGGGCCAAGGUGUAUGUUUAUGUGGAAGAAUAAGGGACAUGUUACUAAUACUGAGAGCUGUCUGAAAUUGGGAUGUAUCUGACUUGUGUCUUUUGCAAUAGUAAAUGUAUGCUUGUGUAUUAACUUUUGUUCUACAGCAAUAACUGCUAAAUCUCUGUUAUUACAGCUCCUCUUUUUCAGCCACACAUUUCUUGUGCGACUAGUUUGUUGAUUUUGCCAGUCAAAAUUUGAGACAUUGUCUCAAUAUGUGUGGGUGAAAAAUUAUAAAAAUGCUGUGCAGUCACAUAAGAAAUGGAACACCGGGUCAAAAAGCUCAAAAGCUUAAAAGCUAACUUAAAAGCUUUCCUAACUUACAUGCUAAGCACUCUGAAGAGUUGAGGAACAAGAAGUGUUCAUCCUCUUCCCCUCUGUUUAGUACUAUCUAUAUGAGGUGCCACAUCUUGUAGCACCUCUACAGCAGCCAUUUUGAUGCUCCCUGUCCUUCCUAGAGAGAUGUUUACUCUAGGCUGUUUCUGCAUGCAGAUAUGCUGCAUAUUUAUGAGGACUUUCCAGGAUUUGUGGAUACCAUCACCUGCCUGAAGCUGCAGCAGCUGAUGCAGAUAUAUAAGAAUAAGAAUAAGAAUUGUUACAUGUUUUUUUAAACAGCAUGGUGUAUUUUGGUGUAUGAUGUGCAUUUAAAGAUUAUGUAGAUGGACAUUAGAGGAAAGACAUUCUUUUUUCUGACAUCCUUAAUUGCUUAAUAUCCACCAGAUCAUUGGUGACCCAUCUAUGGUUAAAUUAAUAUCCACCAGUUUUCAUAGAAUUUUCACCUGUUUGGAAUAUGAGAAGCUUUUAGCAGAAAAAUGUAAUGUCAAAAUCUAUCAGACGUCAUUUGAAAUGUAACAGCAUGUCGUUUUGGAAAAUCUGCCUAUUUAGCAUGUUGCUAACAAAAAAAGAUCCUAAACCUAGUCGGGUCACUGAUGACCUAGUAGAUGUUGGGAGGUUAAAAACAUUUUCACAAAAGAUUUUUUUAAAAAGGGAAAUACAUAUUACACUGUGGCCAAAUUGUCAGUAAAAUGCUGUGUAUUUUAAACUACUGACAUUCCAGUCAGGAUUUCACUGCUGUUUGAUUUAGAACAGAACAUAACCGAUGUGAAUAUUUCUGCAGCGAGACAAGGCUCUGUAUCUUUUGUGCACAGCUGAUGAAUGUUGUGUAAAAACUGCCAACACACCAGUAGAGUUUUACUUUAUUGAUUUUUUUUUUAUUGGUUUG